AUGGUCGACCAAGCCAACCUGGAGCUCUUUAAAAACGCAGCAAUUCCACAAACUGUGAUCGACUACUACAUCUCGACUCUUUUUGAAUUCAACCCCACCUUCAACCCUCUCAAGGUUCCAGGUUCUUUCCUAUGCUCUCCUGAGGUCCCAAGUUCAGCAUAUUCUUCUGCUAGUGAAGCUGACACCAUCAAAAUCUUGAAGGAGCUCGAGAAAUCGUGCAAUGGAACAGAGUAUUCUGAGGUAUCAGCUGUUCUGGCAUCCAACAUCGAGACCGUCACACCGGAGACGUUUUCGAUCUUGGGCAGUGCAAGUUCGGGCCUGAGCAACACCAAGAUCUCUUCACUUUCCCCCACAGUGAUGGUUUCCUCUCUGUCCACCCUCGGCACAGUCAGCACCUGGAACCAGGGGCAGGCCAACAUAUUUAUCCAAAAACUUAUUUCUUCAGGGUACUUGAUCAACGAUGGAUCGCGUCUGGAAUCCCUCGGCACGCUCGUUGCUGGAGUUCCUUCAAAAACAAUUGAGAAUAUCCCAGCCACUGUGCUAUUCAGCAUCUCUCAGAACACUGUCUUUGUUAACAACAUGAUUGCAGCCCCGACAGUCAUCCAACAGAUCUUUGUUCAAAAGAUCAUCUCUCUUGACCAAAGUGCAGCCAGCGUGGUGCAGAAUGUCCCCGAUGCCAUGGCAACUGAGAUUCCAUCUUCCUCGCUGGUAUUCUCUGGGCCUGUGGACAUCAGUAAGAUCAACAAGAAGACAUGGACAGGAGAGCAGGCGGCCAUGUUUUUUGAGUCACUGGGCGAAACAGACUUUGACACCGAGAAGUAA